AGAAAAAGGUGCUUGCCUAUCUUCUGCUUCCCAGGGAGGAUUCUUAUCAGAAUCUUCGCAGGGGUUUUGCCCAAAAACCCUAACAAUGGCUCAAUCCUCCAGGUCAUCUGCUACGCGGCUACUCUACUCAGUCUGUUCAUCCGCCAAAACAGCUCCCUUGAAUUCCCAAUGCCCGGCAGCAACCCCGAUUGCAGCUUUUCUUGGCGGCAACUUCCAGCUCAGCCGCCAUUUCUCAGCCGGCAGCGCUGCCGCCACGCGACUUAAGGAAGAAAAGGAGGCCUUGUGGAGAGAUUCACUGGAAAGGGUUCGGAAUAUUGGAAUUUCGGCCCAUAUUGACUCCGGGAAGACCACGCUGACGGAGCGGGUGCUUUUUUACACCGGUCGUAUCCAUGAGAUUCAUGAGGUCAGAGGCAAAGAUGGGGUUGGAGCUAAGAUGGAUUCCAUGGAUUUGGAAAGGGAAAAAGGGAUUACAAUUCAAUCUGCGGCCACUUACUGUUCUUGGGAUGGUUACCAGGUGAACAUAAUUGACACUCCUGGUCAUGUUGAUUUCACUAUUGAAGUUGAGAGGGCUUUGCGUGUUCUUGAUGGUGCAAUUCUUGUACUAUGUAGUGUUGGUGGUGUGCAGAGUCAAUCAAUAACUGUUGACAGGCAAAUGAGAAGAUAUGAGGUUCCAAGACUUGCUUUUAUCAAUAAACUUGAUCGAAUGGGGGCAGACCCAUGGAAAGUUCUAAAUCAGGCAAGGUCCAAGCUUCGGCACCAUGCGGCUGCAGUGCAAGUUCCAAUUGGUUUAGAAGAUGACUUCAAUGGUCUUAUUGACCUUGUGCGUAUGAAAGCUUACUACUUCCAUGGUCCCAGUGGCGAGGAAGUUCUCACAGAAGAUAUUCCUGCCGAUAUGCAAGCAUUUGCUGCUGACAAGAGGCGUGAACUUGUUGAAGUUGUAUCUGAGGUUGAUGAAAAACUUGCAGAGUCAUUUUUGAGUGAUGAGCCAAUAUCAAAUAAUGACCUACAGGAGGCAAUCCGAAGAGCAACUGUAGCUCGCGAUUUCGUUCCUGUAUUUAUGGGUAGUGCAUUCAAGAAUAAGGGUGUUCAACCUCUUUUGGAUGGUGUUAUUAAUUAUCUCCCUUGCCCGGUUGAUGUCGACAACUUUGCACUUGAUCAAAACAAUAAUGAAGAGAAGGUUAUGUUAACAGGAAGUCCAGCUGGCCCUCUUGUUGCCCUGGCUUUUAAAUUGGAAGAAGGGCGAUUUGGUCAGUUAACAUAUUUAAGAAUUUAUGAAGGUGUGAUUAGGAAGGGUGAUUUCAUGAUCAAUGUGAAUACUGGAAAGAAGAUCAAGGUACCUCGAUUGGUACGGAUGCAUUCUAAUGAGAUGGAGGACAUUCAAGAGGCACAUGCUGGACAAAUAGUUGCCGUAUUUGGUGUAGAUUGUGCAACAGGGGAUACUUUCACAGACGGAUCCGUUAGAUAUACCAUGACUUCUAUGAAUGUACCCGAACCAGUGAUGUCGUUAGCAGUUUCACCUGUCUCUAAAGAUUCUGGAGGACAAUUUUCAAAAGCUCUUAAUCGCUUUCAGAAAGAGGACCCAACUUUCCGAGUAGGUUUAGAUCCCGAGAGUGGCCAGACAAUUAUUUCUGGAAUGGGUGAGCUGCAUUUGGAUAUAUAUGUUGAGCGUAUUCGAAGAGAAUACAAGGUUGAAGCGACAGUUGGAAAACCCCGAGUGAACUUUAGAGAGACUAUCACUCAACGUGCUGAGUUUGAUUAUUUGCACAAGAAACAAAGUGGGGGACAGGGGCAAUACGGUAGGGUAACUGGGUAUGUGGAGCCACUUGAACCCGGAUGCUCUUCCAAAUUUGAGUUUGAUAAUAUCAUAGUAGGACAAGCUAUACCCUCAAACUUUGUCCCAGCAAUUGAGAAGGGCUUUAAGGAAGCUGCUAACUCGGGUUCGCUGAUUGGUCACCCGGUCGAGAAUAUUCGCAUAGUUUUGACAGAUGGUGCUUCCCAUGCCGUUGAUUCGAGUGAACUUGCCUUUAAACUUGCAGCAAUUUAUGCCUUCAGACAGUGUUAUUCAGCAGCACGGCCUGUUAUACUGGAACCUGUGAUGCUCGUUGAAAUAAAAGUACCAUCAGAGUUUCAAGGCUCUGUCACUGGUGAUAUUAACAAGAGGAAAGGUGUCAUUGUUGGCAAUGAUCAGGAAGGAGACGAUUCCGUAAUUACUGCUCAUGUUCCUCUCAAUAAUAUGUUCGGUUACUCUACUUCUCUUCGGUCAAUGACACAGGGGAAAGGGGAGUUCACGAUGGAGUACAAAGAACAUGCAUCGGUAUCUCACGACGUCCAAACACAACUGGUUAACAAGUACAAGGCGACCAAGGAAACAUCUGAAUAGGUCUUUCUUUGUUUGAUAAAUAAAAAAAUCAAUCAUAUUUUAUGUUGCUGUAGCAAAACCUGUGGGUGUUGUUUUCUGGUAGACCAAAAUGUGGUCAAUGAGUUUUGAUAAACACGACCCCAACAUUUAGGUGUAAUGAGAUCAUAUGAAUAAACCGUUCUUUAAAGUUUUUUCAGUCCAUAGAAAAAAGAUGUAUGCAAACAAUGAGACACAUCACAAAAUUGAAUGUAGAUGAAAUUCUUUGAAUAUUCUUGGAGCUUUUAUGAGAUUUUAUCUUCUUAUCUAAAGUAUAAUUUAUUAAAGAAUCCAACGUUUG